AGACCACCUACAGGGGGGCUGCAACGUCCUGCAGACAGAAGACCUGGACAUGGCAGGAAAGAACUUUGAAGUUUCACUCAAGUCUGAUCAUGGGAAAGGGACCAGUGAGAAGAGAUAUCAUCCCUACCAGCGUCAGAAAGUCAAGAAAAAAGAAACAAAGAAGCAACGGAAGAAGACUGCAAAAAAGAGCAAAGCUGGGCACAAAAACAUCAAUGAUAAAGAAGAAGACACUACCAGUACAUACAAAGACAACCUACAAAAGGGUUGCACGGCCCUGCAGACAGAGAACCUGGAUAAGGCAGAAAGACACCUUGCAGCUGCACUCAAGUCUGUACAUGGGAAAGAUUCCAGCAAAGAAGUAGAGCCCCUUUUAAAGUUGAGUGAUGUCUACCUGAAGAGAGGAAAACAAUCAAAUGACGGUGGUGAUUUCACCAAGGCAGCAGCACUCUGUAACGCAGCACUGGUAAGGUCAAAAUCAGAAGACCAAGACAACAUAAAACAAACAAUCCAGUUAAUAACACAAUCAUUCGUUAAGCAUGUGCUGGGUAUCACACAAGCAGUAGAUCCCGAUGAUGUCAAGAAACGCAAAAUGAUGCUGAAAGAAGAUAGACAGCAAGUCGAAAAAGAGAUGAAAACAAUUGAACAACAGGUGGAUCCUUAUAGCCUUGACGAUGAUGACCCAGAUAUCAGAGAAGUGGAGAGACAAAGAGCAGAAGCAAUCAAAGUAUUGUUUCAGACAAUACUUUAUCAUCGAAGAAGGUUUACAGUUGGCCUUGUAGAUGAAUGUAUGGAGGUAAUGGGUCCCCCUCCCUGUAAGUACGCCAUGAUAGGCCUGGGUUCACAAGCCACGGGACUAGUAACACCAUACUCUGAUCUGGAAUUUGCCAUUUUGGUACAGAAGGAAACAGUGAAUAAUGUCACGUAUUUUCGCAACCUCACUCACUAUCUGCAUCUUAAAGUCAUCAAUCUGGGAGAAACCAUUCUCCCGGCCAUGGGGAUCAAGUCUCUCAAUGAUUUCCACUCAGACGACCCACAGGAUAACUGGUACUAUGACUCUGUAACACCUCGAGGGUUUUCAUUCGAUGCAGCCAUGCCACAUGCUUGUAAGACUCCACUGGGUAGGGGAAAAACGUGUGAACUUAUCCGCACACCGACUAACAUGACAAAACUUUUGGAAAACAAUGUAAAGUUCCAUUUGAAGAAAGGCUACCAUCUUGCCAGUGUCUUGGGGAAUGUUUCGUUAAUUGCAGGAGAGCAAGAGCUAACUGAUGAGUAUAUGGCUUUGUGGACUAAGCGACUUCAGGGAAACAAUAGAAAAAUUUCAUUGUUACUAGGAAAUACCAUAUUAAAAGACAACUCGGCAACCUUUGAAAGGGACGUCAUGAAUGACGGUCUGUUUAAUGUAAAGAAAGAAAUCUAUCGGUUUUCUAGUAUUGCUGUGUCAUGUUGGGCACUACUUCAAGGAAUACAGCCGACAACAAUCUGGGAGACGAUUGACAAGAUGCACAUGAAUGGUGUCAUUAACACAGAGAACGCGCAUCACUUGAUGGUGCUGGUCAGUAUCUCAGCAGAACUGAGGCUGCGGACAUACAUGAAUAAUCGUGGUCAAGUGGAAAAUAUGUCAGCAUUAUCGUCAAUGCCAAGAGAAACAGAUUUAAAUGAGAAGUUGGGGAAAGUGUUUUACAUUUCCAAUGCAAAACAGAUCAUGAGAUACUACUACACAGCAUCACCUUUAAAAGACUUUGUUUCAGAGAUUACAGAGUCAUUACAAGAGCCAUUAACGCUAUUUGACAACUCUUUGGAACUUAAGUCAGAGGUAUACGAAAGUCUGUGUGAUUACCAAAACUUAAAGACAUGCAUGGAAGAGAUCCUGCAGAACUAUCGUUCCCAAUUUGGCAACGCUGCCAUACAUCCUGACAUUGCGCGAUUACUUAAUAAACUAGGUACAGCAUGUCAGAACAUGUCAGAUCACAAGAAGGCCGUCAGCUACCAUGAAGAGGCACUACAGAUGAGUCGGGUUAUCUAUGGUAAGAACACUGUACAUCCUGACAUCGCCUCGUCACUUAACAAGUUGGGUACAGCUUGGAGUGACCUUGGUGACCACAGAAAUGCCGUCAGGUACCAUGAACAGUCACUACAGAUGGAUCGGGUUAUCUAUGGUGAGAACGCUGCACAUCCUGACAUCGCUGGGUCACUUGGCAACUUGGGUAACGCCUGGAAGGACCUUGGUGAUUACAAAAAGGCCGUCAGCUAUUAUAAACGGGCACUGCAGAUGGAGCGGGUUAUCUAUGGUCAGGACACUCCACAUCCUGACAUCGCUGUGUCACUUAACAACUUGGGUAACGCCUGGGAGGACCUUGGUGAUCACAGAAAUGCUGUCAGCUAUCAUGAACAGUCACUACAGAUGAGGCGGGCUAUCUAUGGUGAGAACACUGCACAUCCUGACAUCGCUAGGUCACUUAACAACUUGGGUCUUGCCUGGAAGGACCUUGGUGAUCACAAAAAGGCAGUCAGCUAUCUUGAACAGGCACUACAGAUGAUGCGGGUUACCUAUGGUGAGAACACUCCACAUCCCGACAUCGCCGCGUCACUUAACAACUUGGGUAACGCCUGCGGGGACCUUGGUGAUCACAAAAAGGCAGUCAGCUGUUAUGAACAGUCACUACAGAUGAGGCUGGUUAUCUAUGGUGAGAACACUGAACAUCCUGACAUCGCCGCGUCACUUAACAACUUGGGUAGCACCUGGAGGGGCCUUGGUGAUCACAAAAAGGCCGUCAGCUAUCAUGAACAGUCACUACAGAUGAAGCAGCUUAUCUAUGGUGAGAACACUGAACAUCCUCAUAUCGCUGGAUCUCUUGACAACUUAGGUCUCGCCUGGAGCAGCCUUGGUGAUCACAAGAAGGCCGUAAACUAUCACGAACAAUCCCUACAUAUGAGGAAGGUUAUCUUUGGUGAGAGCACUAAACAUCCUGACAUUGCCAUGUCACUUAACAACUUGGGUAACGCCUGGAUGAACCUUGGUGAUCACAAAAAGGCCGUCAGCUAUUAUGAACAGUCACUACAGAUGAAGCGGGUUAUCUAUGGUGAGAACACUGAACAUCCUGACAUCGCCCCGUCACUUAACAACUUGGCUAAUGCCUGGAUGGACCUUGGUGAUCACAAAAAGGCCGUCAGCUAUCAAGAACAGUCCAUAGAGAUGUUGCGGGUUAUACAUGGUGAGAACACUGAUCACCCUGACAUCGCCGCGUCACUUACCAACUUGGGUAUCGCCUGGAGUGACCUUGGUGAUCAUAAGAAGGCCGUCAGCUAUCAUGAACAGUCACUACAGAUGAGGCGGGUUAUCUAUGGUGAGAACGCUGAGCAUCCUGUCAUAGCCAAGUCACUUAACAACUUGGGUGUCGCCUGGAACGACCUUGGGGAUUACAAAAAGGCCGUCAGCUAUUAUGAACAAUCACUACAAAUGAAGCGGGUUAUCUAUGGUGAGAACACUGAACAUCCUGACAUCGCCGCGUCACUUAACAACUUGGGUAACGCCUGGAGGGACCUUGGUCAUCACAAAAGGGCCGUCAGCUAUUAUGAACAAUCACUACAAAUGAAGCGGGUUAUCUAUGGUGAGAACACUGCACAUCAGCACAUCGCCGCGUCACUUAACAACUUGGGUAACGCCUGGAGGGACCUUGGUCAUCACAGAAAGGCCGUCAGCUAUUAUGAACAGUCACUACAGAUGAUGCGGGUUAUCUAUGGUGAUGACACUGCACAUCCUGACAUCGCCGCGUCACUUAACAACUUGGGUAACGCCUGGAGGGACCUUGGUGAUCACAAAAAGGCCAUCAGCUACCAGGAACACGCACUACAGAUGAGGCGGGUUAUUUAUGGUGAGAACACUGCGCAUCCUGACAUCGCCGCGUCACUUACCAACUUGGGUAUCGCCUGGAGUGACCUUGGUGAUCAUAAGAAGGCCGUCAGCUAUCAUGAACAGUCACUACAGAUGAGGCGGGUUAUCUAUGGUGAGAACGCUGAGCAUCCUGACAUCGCCGCAUCACUUAACAACCUGGGUUCCGCCUUGAAGAAUCUUGGUGAUCACAGAAAGGCAGUCCGCUAUUAUGUAACAGUCACUACACAUGAUGCGGGUUAUCUAUGGUGAAAUUACUGCACAUUCUUACAUCGCAAACUUACUUGACAACUUGGGUUCCGCCUGGAGUGACCUGGUGAUUACAAAAAGGCAGUCCGCUAUCAUGAACAG